AUGGCGACACCCAAAAACACUCCCCGAGGUGCCAACUCACCGCUGUCCCCCAACCGUAUCACCCGGCUCCAGGAGAAGGAGGACCUGUGCAACCUCAACGACCGGCUGGCCGUCUACAUCGACAAGGUGCGCUUUCUGGAGACGGAGAAUGCAGGCCUGCGACUGCGCAUCACAGAGUCGGAGUCCGAGGUCAGCCGGGAACUGUCGGGCCUGAAGGCCGCCUACGAGACCGAGCUGGCCGACGCCCGCCAGACCCUGGACUCUGUGGCCAAAGAGCGAGCGAGGCUGCAGCUGGAGCUGGGCAAGGUGCGAGAAGACUACAAGGAGCUGAAGGCGAGGAACACCAAAAAGGAGUCUGAUUUGAUCGCAGCGUUGCAGAGGCUCAAAGACUUGGAGGCUCUGCUGAACUCUAAAGAUGCGUCCUUGACUACGGCUCUGGGAGAGAAGCGUGGCCUCGAGGUGGAAAACAGGGACCUGAAGGCGCAGGUUGCCAAGUUGGACACCAGUUUGGCCGAUGCCAAGAAGCAGCUGCAAGAUGAGAUGCUGAGGAGGGUGGACGGAGAGAAUCGCAUCCAGACCCUCAAAGAGGAGCUGGAGUUUUCCAGGAACCUCCAGUCUGAGGAACUGCGGGAGACAAAGCGGCGUCAUGAGUCUCGCAUGGUUGAGUUGGACAAUGGCCACAUGCAGGAUUUUGAAAGCAAGCUGGCCGAGGCACUGACAGACAUGCGCAGCCAGCAUGAAAUGCAAAUCCAAUUGUACAAAAAUGAGAUUGAGAAGACCUACAAUUCCAAGCUGGAAAAUGCUCGUCAGUCAGCGGACAGGAGCAGCCACCUGGUUGGGGCAGCACACGAGGAGCUCCAGCAGACCCGGAUACGCGUGGAAUCCAUGUCCAGUCAGAUCAGCCAGCUGCAGAAACAGCUGGCGGCUCGUGAGGCGAAGCUAAGGGACCUGGAAGACGCCCUGUCUCGGGAGCGGGACUCCACCCGCCGCCUGCUGGGGGAGAAAGACAGAGAGAUGGCCGAGAUGAGGCAGCAAAUGCAACAGCAGCUGGACGAGUACCAGGAGCUCCUGGACGUCAAGCUGGCUCUGGAUAUGGAGAUAUGUGCUUACAGGAAGUUGCUGGAGGGAGAGGAGCAGAGGCUGCGUCUCUCCCCCAGCCCCCCACCUGCCAAAAUGACAGGAAGUCGUUCCUCUACUUCAGGAGCUCACUCUCGCUCGGUCCACUACAGCGCUCAGAACUCUCCUGCAAAGAGGCGUCGCCCCAACGACACCGACAGCGAGGCCUCGAGCAUCGCAGGCGGAGCCGUGGCCCGCACUCGCAUCGCCCAGCAGGCCUCGGCCAGCGGGCGGGUCACUGUGGAUGAGGUGGACCUGGAAGGGAAAUAUGUCCGUCUCAGCAACAAAUCAGAUGAGGAUCAGAAUUUGGGGAACUGGCAGGUGAAGAGGCAGGUGGGGUCCGGUGCUCCGAUCAUCUUCAAGUUCCCGGUAAAAUUCACCCUGAAGGCCGGCCAGAGGGUCACGAUCUGGGCCUCUGGUGCUGGUGGAACCCACAAUCCUCCCUCUGACCUGGUGUGGAAGACUCAGCCCUCCUGGGGCACCGGAGACCUGUUCCAGACCACUCUGAUCAGCGCCAACGGAGAGGAAAUGGCAAUGAGGAAGGUCACCCGCACACACUUGGAAGAGGAGGAUGAUGACAUGCAGGUGGCUCACAGCACCUGUGGAGACAGCGAGUACAACCUGCGGAGCCGGACGGUGGUCUGCGGCUCCUGCGGACUCCCUUCAGAUAAAUCCGGCAGCAACUGCUCCAUGAGCUUGGCCUCCCGCUCCUUCCGCAGCGGUGGAGGAAUUUCCGAGGGUCUACUGCCGCACUCCUACGUGUUCAGCGCCAGCACCCCUCGCAAGACUGGAACCAGAAUGGAGACCUGUCCAAUCAUGUGA